AUGUUUUUUGUCGGCUACAUCAUUUGCAUGUUUCCGGGAAAUAUCUGCCUCAGACUGCCCUGGGUCACAGCACCAGCCUUGAUUGGCGGCGGCGUGCUGACAUUUGGUGCCUUCUGUGCCGGGAUUGGCGGUGCUCAGGGCUAUGCUACGGUCCUGGCCCUCCGAAUUUUCGUCGGCUGCGCCCAGGCCUUCAUUCAAGGCUUGGGUUUGUACUUGUCCUUCUGGUACCGAAGAAACGAGCUGGCCUCUCGAAGUGCCGUCUUCUACUCUGCUGCCACCCUGGCUGGCGCCUUCUCAGGCUUCAUAUCAUUUGGCAUUCAGAGGCACCUGACUCUCGAAAAAACUGGACUCGCUCCGUGGAGGUGGCUCUUUAUCAUCGAAGGCGUCCUGGCCGUGGCGGUGGGCACCACUGUCAUUCUUGUCAUCCCAAACUUUGCCGACCGGAUGAAGAAGCUCAAGACAUGGCUGUUUAGCGAGGCCGAACUCAAACUCGCCAUUGAGAGAUCCAAGGACUAUAACACCACGGGAGCAAAUAUCGACGUGCGACAGAUCUGGGCAACCUUCAAGGAUCCAAAAUCCUACAUGUUUGCCACCAUCAACGCUGGCGUGGCGCUCGGGAUUGCGUCUGUGGGCAAUUUCCUCCCGACUUUUGUCAAGUCCUUUGGGUACUCUGCAGACAAGGCACAGCUGUUCACCGUGAUCCCAUACGCUUGUGCGUCGGUGUUCCUGAUUGCCAUCUGCUUCCUCUCCGACAAGUAUAACACCAAGGGUCUGCUGCUGGUCUUCACCCUGUCGGUCUCUUGCGUCGGGUACAUCAUCCUGCUGUCCGUGCGGUCGGUUCCCGUGCUGAUCUUCGCGACCUGCCUGAUCACCGCUGGCCUGUACCCGAGCGUGAUCCUGCUCACGUCGUGGCUGGGCAUCAACACGUGCGGCUUCACCAAGCGCGGCACCACGUGGGCCAUGGCCGAGGUCUUUGGCCAGUGCUUCUCCAUCAUGGGCACCCACGUCUACGACCACCCGCCCCGCUUCGUCAAGGGCCACUCGAUCGUCCUGGGCAUGCUGGCCUUCGCCAUCGUCAUGGCCACCUCCAACAUCUUCUGGAUGCGGUACCAGAACCGCCGCAAGGACGCGGAGAUAGAGCGCUACCGCGCGGCAGGCGAGCCCCAUCCCCACGUGGAGCGGAGCUUGGAGGACGAGGGCGACCAGCACCUCGCUUUCAGGUAUAUCCUGUGA